UGUAGCCUAUAACCAGCAAUAACAACAAAAUGGCAGUUUUACGUAACCUUCGGAAAGCAAUCCCUGUUUUGGAGCGAGUAAAUGUGACACCUGUUGCGCUUUAUCACAAAAACGUCAUAGAUCACUAUGAGAAUCCGCGCAAUGUUGGAUCCAUGGACAAGAACGACAAGAUGGUUGGAACUGGUCUGGUAGGAGCUCCAGCCUGCGGGGAUGUCAUGAAACUGCAGGUGAGGGUAGAUGAAGAUGGGAACAUCAUUGAGGCCAAAUUCAAGACUUUCGGAUGUGGCUCAGCCAUUGCCUCCAGCUCUCUGGCCACAGAAUGGAUAAAGGGCAAACAUAUUGACGAAGCAGCCAAGAUCAAGAACACAGAGAUUGCUAAGGAGCUAUGCCUACCGCCUGUAAAGCUGCAUUGCUCAAUGUUGGCAGAGGACGCCAUUAAAGCUGCCCUGGCGGACUGGAAGGUGAAGCAGAACAAGGCUGCCACAGGGUAGACUGGCUCUCCCCACUUCAAGUACACUCUGGUGAUUACAUGGAGAAGACACCAUAUCCAGCUUUCUUCUACUUGUAAUCAUUUGAGUGUUUUCUAUUGAGGAAUGAAGUCAAAACUUGUGAUGAUAUUCUGUGACUCUGUAUUGUUUUGUUUUUUCGUUUACCCUUAAAUGCUGUAGACAUUGUACUCGGCGUUUUUGAAGGCAAUCGAUUAUAUUCCAGUUUAUGAAGCUUAAAAUUAUAAUCGAUUACAUUUUGUGUAAAUAUUACAAUUACUUUUUAUGAUGAUAAAAAUACAUUAUUAGUAUUGCUCGUUAGUAUACCCGGUAACACAGAAGACUAUUAACAGGGUUUAUAGGUACCCUGAAUAGGAUAUUAUAACAAGUACAACCAGUUUGCAUUUCAUUUGGAUUUGGGCCCGUAUUCACCAACCACUCUUAGAAUUAAGUCUAAAAUAAGAAUAUCUUAAAGCUGUAUUGAUCUAAUUGUAUAAACUAUAAUAAUACAUUUCAAUUUUGACAUACAGUUUUACACCUCUAACUACACAAUUUAAUUAUGACAUUUUGAGCCUGUAUUUAUUCUAUCCCUGAAGGUAUUUACUUGGCUCUAUGUAUAUUCUUAAGUAUACCAAUUGGUUGGAGAAUACGGGCCGAGAUUUUAAAAAGUAAUUGAAAAUCAUCUAAUAAUAAGAUAGAGCUAUAUUUGUAGACCUAGUUGUUAAAAAAAACAUGGUACUGCUUGAUAUUUUUUUGUUGAAAUGUUAUAUUUUGUAAAAUUUGCUAAUCAAUGAUUGUGUGAAAAUUAAAACUAAAAAGUAUU